UUCAAUGGAUCGAUACACUGCUGCAUCAUAUGAUGAAAAAAAUGGCGAUUGGAUUAUUUAACUUUCAUUGUCAUCGUUCAUAACUGUUUAAACUGUGGUUUAUAUCACGUGCAAUUGUUUUAAGAGGACUUGCAGCAAUACAAUCUCUCCACGGAAUACUUUGUUACAGAACACGAGACGGAGUCCGGCAUUAUACAGCGUCAACAGCUAUAUGUGUUGUUGAUUACACGUUGAUGGAAAUAGAACCAGAAAAUAAGUUAACUGGAGAAAUGUCAUGCUUUAAACGAAAGGAACUUUAAAUAAUGAGUAAACAUAAUUGUGAAAACUGAUCGAUUUGCAGUUACUAGGAGAUCUGUAGGGAUCUCAAGCAAAAUUUAACCGAAACACAAAACCAUGUAACCAAUUAUUGCACAUGAUGUUUUUAUUUAUAAGCCUUAAGUUCUUUUAAGGCCGGGAGUGGACAUGAAACAUGUGCUAUAUACUGCAUGUUAUACAAGCGUUUACAUUGAAAAGUUUGGUCUUAAAUGUUUUUAUCAGAAACAGUACACUUUGGAAUAAGUUUUACAUUGUGUGAAUCGCUGGAAAUAAUGUGCUGUUAUGGUAUAAAUAAAACAUGUCUUUGCCGUUAGACAGAAGAAAAAUGUCGGCAGCGGUUUGUAAUGGACCGUCUUCAUCGUUGUCUCUGCCUCUACACAGGAGGAAAAUAUCUAUGCAAACAGACAUAUCUUCUAUAACAGAUUCACGUACAGCGUUACAGAUUGAUGAUGAAACAAAGAAAGGGCGCCAAGAUGACUGUGCCAUGUCAACUAUUCUACAGCCAGCUGCCAUGUUGCGGCGAGAGGUAUCACUACACGAAGCCUGUAAGAACAACAAAAUCGACAUGGUGAAGAAGAUACUCCAAGAAAAGAUAGACAUAAACUGUAAGAACAAUCUGGACAGAACGCCAUUGCACUGGGCAUGCGCGAAAGGACAUCUUGCUAUCGUGGAAUUGUUAGUGGAAAUGGGAGCUGACUUAGAGGCGAAGGAUAAGUAUGGAAUGAGGCCAGUGUUAUGGGCAGCUUUAUACGGUCAUAUAAAUAUUGUUCGAUAUCUUGUAAAUACAGGGGCGACAGCAACUUGUACAAAUAGGCAGGGAAUGGGCAUACUUCACUGUGCCACACAAGGCAACCAUCUUCACGUCAUGAACUUCAUCUUCGAAUCAUUGGAAAAUAUUGACAUCAACUGCACUGAGAAAAAUGACAAGACAGCACUACAUAUCGCGGCGGAAGAAGGUCACUUGCAUGCUGUAAUGAGGUUGAUAGAUCUACGAUGUGAUAUCAAUAAACGAGAUAUUGACUGUGCUUCAGCAUUACAUUUGGCGGCAAAGAACGGUAAUCAUGAAGUUGUCAAACGUCUGCUGAUGGUUGGCGUUAACGUAGAUGACAGAGAAGGGGAGGGUAGAACUGCGCUCCACCUAGCGGCCGAGGCAGGCCAUCUAGAGACAGUCGAGGUGCUAGCAGAUUUCAAUGCAGGUCCUAAUGCUGAAACAAUAAAGGAGAUAACUCCGCUGCACUGUGCUGCAGGCAAAGGCCAUACAGACGUUUGUCUGAGAUUAAUCAAACUUGGUGCUAACAUUGAUUCUCAAAACCAUCAAGGUAACACAGCAUUACAUCUAGCAGUGAUGGGCAACUUUCAUGAUCUCACACAGGCCAUUGUUGAUGCAAAAGCCGAGAUAGACUUACCUAAUCAUCGUUUACAAACACCUCUCCAUGUGGCUGUUGAAAAUGGGUUUCAAGACGUUGUAGAAGUAUUAUUAGUGGGUAAUGCAAGUCUGAGCACUCGGGAAAAGUCUGGUAAAACAGCUCUCCACUUAGCAGCCAGAGGAAGUUUUGUCACUAUAGUAGAUAUGAUCAUAAAAGCUGAACGUUACUUCUCUUUGAACAGGGAAUACCAUGAAAAUGAUCUUGAUUUUGUCGACCCUCGUCGCUAUCUACGGCAACCUAGUCACCCUUCAUGGCCACAAAUGAAGGAAGUAAUGUGGAACCUAGCCACUAAACAUUUGAAAUCAAGUGAUUGGAAGAAACUAGCCAUGUACUGGAAGUUUACACCUGAUCACAUAAGAUGUAUAGAACAUCAGUAUACAGGUACUGCCAGUUACAAGGAGCAUGGGUUCCGCUUGUUAAUGAUAUGGUUACAUGGUGUACGCAAAGAUGAAAAUGUAACAAAACUACUGUUUGAAGGACUUGUUGCCAUAGAUCGACGGCAACUGGCAGAGCAAGUACGGCGUCAGUCAAACUGUGAACCAGAAAAGCCUUGCAUACAAAUGCUGUGUGGUAUCAUUUGACAGUGUGUUUACACACAAUGGACAAUACAAACACAAUGAUGUUGCCAAGGUGCAAAACCAUUCCAUGUGCUUGCUGGAAAGAACUGAAAAUGCUUUUGCCAAUUAACAAACUGCUAUGAGACUAAUAAGCUAGAUAGUAUCUCAUGAACUGUACAGGUGCUGAUGGGAAGAGAAAUGUGGAUACUGUUCUCUUAGAGUAUUCUUGUUUUCAAUUUUGAGGUUAAUGUGACCUUAACUAUUGAGAUAAUGAUCCCAAAACAAUAGGAGUCAUCUCUUGAUCAAAGCAAAUAACUCGAUGAAAUUUUGAAGUAGAUAUUGAUCAGAAACCAGUAUCAGUCUCAAGGUCACUGUGACCUUACCUUAGACAUAGCGAGCAGCAGACCGCAGAGAAUAAUGACCAUUAAGCACAAAAGUGUUUUAGCUGUUAAAGUGAAAACAGUUUUCAUCUUCUAGGUCACUGUGACCUUGACCUUUGACCUACUGACCCCUCAAAACAAUAAGAAUCAUAUAAUGACAACAGCAAAUUACCCUACAAAGUCUGCCAAUUUUAAGCCAAACUGUUUCAGUUUUGCGGUCAGUAACCCCGAGCUUUGACCUAUUUUCCAUCCAGAAAACAAUAUGGGUCAUUCACUGACCACAGGCAUUUACACUAUAAAGUUGUACACUGUAGGCCAGAAUGUUCUUUAGUCACUGAGCUGAAACCUUGUCAGUCAAAAGGUCGCUGUGACAUAACUUAUAACUCACGGACCCUAAAAACAAGGGGACAUCUACUAACCACAGGCAGUCACCCUAUGAAGUUGACCAUUGAGACCAAGCAUUCUCAACCUAUUGAUAGGAAACCCGAGCACUGCAAGUCAUUUCAUCACAGUGAAUAUGUGUGUGAAGUUUCAAUCCUUUCCCACAUGUGGUUACUUAGAUACCAGCAUAGGUACAAAAUUUUAACCAGAUCAGGACACCCAGUGACCCACACCUAUUAAAGGGCAAGUGCAAUAGCUCUACCUAUUCUUCGAAAAAUUGAGCUAAAAUAUUACUUAUAGCUCUUGAAUUUAAACAGGCUGUUAACGAAUUUUUGUUUUCUGUAAUAAGAUAAAAACAAA